AUGAAAAUGAAGCAUAUCAUCGCAUCCACCCUCAAUGCCGCUCUCGCGCUGGGCGUCGUUGUCCUGCAACGGCGUGACGUGCCAGGCCAGCAGCAUCCCCUCAUUGACAGCUUUCACCAUUCCCCAGACACUGUGAUAGAAGAUGGCCUCGUUCGCACGUGUAUCGCACCGGGCGUGGCCUGCGUUGACAAACAUGGGGCGAACCUGCCGUAUCCCUUCUGGCGUGACUCUCCAAACGGCACCGAUGCCACGAACCUGGCAGACAUUCAGUUCAAUGGCGGCCGAGGGGAGGCCAGGACCACCUCCUGGGAGCAGGUCGAGCGGGCAGACUUUGUGAUUUUCAACGAGGAGCGUGGCCGGAAACUCCUCGGCGACAACCCCAGCGUUGACUUCGUCUUCUCCGUCAACCCGUGGGCGCUGCACGAGGCCCCAACCUUCGUCCCAGGUCUCAACAAGAUCUUCUUCUCGGAGCUGUCACCCAUGCUGGAGCAGUUCAUCAUCGACCUCAACGUCGACCCGCCUACCCUCUCCAAGUUCACGGCCGAUCCGCCCAUCUUCGUGCCUAACGGCGGCUUCUAUCACGACGGCCUCAUCUACUACUCGGUGGCCGGCAGCAGCGACAAACACAAGCAGCGCCCGGGCAUUGUCACCCUCGACCCCCGGACGAACAAGUCUGCCACACUGCUGAACAACUACUACGGCCUGACCUUCACCGACUGCGACGACCUCAUUGUCGACCCCGUCACCGGCUUCGUCUGGUUCACGGUCCCCUACUACUCCUGGUGGCUGGAGGUAGCCGACACCGCACCCCAGCUUAAGUCGGCUACGUAUCGCUUCGAUCCCGCCACAGGGUCGACGGUGGUAGUUAACGACGAGAUGCGCUCGCCCAACGGCAUCGCCAUGAGCCCCGACCGACGACAUAUCUACAUCACCGACACCGAGGCCGCGGGCCAAUCGGCGCCGAUCUCGGUCGAUCUGCCCAGCCCCGGCAUCGCUGGACUGCUGUUCAACACGACCGGCAAACGCACCAUCUACAAGUUCGAUCUCAUCGACCAUGGCCACGCCAUUGCCAACAAGCGGCCUGUCCACUACGACGCCAUCGGCACCGUUCCGGACGGACUCAAGGUUGCCCGGAAUGGAUGGCUGGUAACGGCGAGCGGGAAUGGGCUGAGUGUGAUGGACGAGUAUGGCGACAUGAUCGCGCGGGUCCAGACCAAUUUCACGGUGAACAAUUUUAUCUGGUCGGAUACGGACGACUAUCGAGAGGUGUGGAUGGUUGGGCAGGGGGGCGUUGCGCGCGUGAAGUGGGAUUUGCAGGGCCAGAAGGCUGUGUGA